AUGGCGGAGACGAUCCAAAGCCUAAGCAUCAGAGAUCACUGCCCCACGGACACGGAUCGUUUCGAGGUCUACGAGCUCACUCUGACGGACGGAACUCUGGAAGCGCUGCAGGAAGCCGUACUCAAACGGAAGCUGAAAAUCAAGUUUGAAAAGAGUGGCAAAGAAGGCCAGUUGAUUUUGGACAAGAACCAGCCGCCAAAGACCUUCUCCGCCAAGUCGCAAAUCAACAAGAACAGCCUUGUCUACUCGCACACCAAAACUGAUGACUUCGUUUACGAUUACGGUGGCAUCUCCCAGAGCUACAAGAUGGAUGCCAGUAUUAAGGACUCAUUCAACAAAGCGAAAGAAAGCAUGAAAAAAGUGGAAGAAGCAAAGAAAGCGUCGACGGCGCAAGAGCUAAAGCGAAAGGAUCCGAUGAAAAAGACCGGGGCGCCGAAGUAUCUGAAAGAGCGAGAAAGGAACAAGGCGAUUCGACACCCAGGGCCGGAACCAGCUGCUUCGAGGACGACGACGCCGCCGCCGAUCACGUCGAGCACCUACGGAGACUUGAAAAAACGCGUCAUCCACAUUCUAGCGCUCAACAACGGAAAGUACCAGGACAAGAAGUUGAAAGAGGAGCUCUCCAAACGAAACUUGAUCAACGGCCCAGAAGCGAAGGAAGUCAAGGCGGCACUGGAAUGCGUCGCGACUUUGGAAAAGAACAAGUGCUGGUAUCUCACUGAAGAUUCUUAUAUGAAACUGGAUCCUCAGUGGCCUGGAUACAAGAAGGAGCAGGACAGGAACAUCAUCGCCAAAGUCAAGGAAGCCGGCUUCCAGCCUUACGAGAAACCCAAGCCCAGAGCAAGUCAAAUCCGACCGGAAACGCCGCUCGAGGACGACUUUUACCCAGCUUCAGACAACAACAGGAGCAAAGCAGGCCCGUUUCAAGACAGCAAUAAAUCUUGCAGUAACAGAGACCAUACAAGUUGCAAGUCAAGUAGCAAAGUCAAGGCGCCUGCAGAAAGUAGCCGCACAAGUGAAAAUUCCUUCAAUUCGAAAACAAGAAGGGUUAUUUCACCUGACACUACCUCUCCCGCCCAGUCGAGCAAAGCAAUGCCGCUGAAUCGCCAGUCCCCCGGUCUGUCCAUCUCUUCCUCGUCUACCCCUGAAGAGCGCGACUCUGAGACGGCUUCGGACAGGGUGUCCAUUCAGAAUCCAGAAAGAGAGUACCGCGAGAGUCACGACUCCCGUGACAGCUCGAACUCCAACUCGCUAAGCAAGAUGAACUCCUCCAGAGUCGAAUCCGGAAAGACGGCCAAGGACGACCUGCUCAACAAAUACAAACUCGCCAAAGAGAACAGAGAAAAGGCAAAACGAAAACCGAGAGAGUCAAGUCGCGAUUCAAAGAGGCCAAAGAAGCAUCGAACACUUUCCCAAGAGGAGAUCCUCGAAAAUGGAAAGAAAUCGGGUCUGAGCUCGAAUUUCCUCGACGCUCUCAAGAUCGAGCUAGAACGAAAGUACCCAGCGUUGAAAUCACCAGAUGCGGAGUCAGCCUACCGUGCGAAAUACGACGAGGAUUUUGCCCGUUUCCACGUGCUCAAAGAGCAGAACUCGAAGAUCGCCGCCAAGUUCGAGAAGCUGCAGGGCGAGAUGAGCCGCCUUACCGAAGGAACAGAGCCUUACGAGUCGAUAAGAGAACAAGUGAUUCAAGAGUACCGACAAUGUGUCAAAGACGGCUACUUGAAAAACGUCCGCGAGUAUCAAGAAACGCACCAAAGUCCUCUCGAGGAUUCAUCAGCAGAGGACGAUCUGGUUUCAUCCCUGCCCGGAAUCGACUUGUCAACGAAAAACUUCACCUUAUACUCUGGCUUCCUCAACUUUGAAGCUAAACACUACCACUACGUUUUUGUAGAAAGAAACGGGACGGAAAAAUGGGCUCUUUGGUUGAACGGCGGUCCGGGAUGCUCGUCUAUGGACGGUUUCUUGACAGAAAAUGGUCCCUUCAGAGUUCAUAAGGACGGAAGCCUGGUGGACAAUCAAUUUGCUUGGUCGAAAAAUGUCUCGAUUCUCUAUCUCGAGUCUCCUGUCGACGUUGGUUUUACUUACUCAGAUAAUCGGGCGGACGAAACGUUCAUUGGCGACAAAAGCACAACAAGGGACAACACAAAAGCGCUAGAAAAGUUCAUCGAAAAGUUCCCUGCCUAUUCUUCCAAGCCGUUGAUCCUCACUGGCGAGUCUUACGCCGGCAUUUACAUUUCGCUGCUUUUGGAAGCGCUUUCCAGCCACACUACGUUCAAAAACAUCCUCGAUGGAGCCUUAAUCGGCAACGGCAUGUUCGACUACGGCAUCAACUACAACACCAUGAUCCAUUUCGCGAACGGACACGGUCUGAUACCCCCUAGUCUUUGGAAGAACGUCCUUAGCGAUUGCUGCAAAAACAUUACCGAACAGUGCGAGUUCUAUGACCCAGAGAUUAGCGACAUCUGCGCGCUACAGACUUCAGAGGUGAUGAACGUCAUUUUCCAGGUCGGCCUCAACUGGUAUAACAUUUACGCCCGAUGUGUGACAAAAAAUGAGUUCCAAACGCGCCAGCUUAUCGCCGAUUCUGCUCCAGAACAAGUGAGGCGACUUUUUAAUGCGAAAAAGAAGCUUCAAAUGGCACCAACUUGUUUAAGCGACUUGGCAAUUAGAACGUAUCUAAACAAGCCUGAAGUAGUAAAAGCGCUUCAUGUAGAAAACUCUCCAGCGAGUAAAAACUGGACAGUGUGCUCGGAUUCUGUCUUCCAGGCCUACCAAAAGACCUACACAGAUGUCCGGGCAAACUUAAUUAAUUACUUUCGAAACACGAGAGAGUUAGGAAAGACGCCGCAUUUGAUCAUCUACAAUGGUGACAUCGAUAUGGCAUGUAAUUUUCUCGGUGGAAGAGAUUUUGCUACGUCUUUGAAUUUCCGAAUGUUGGAUGAUCAGCGUCCCUGGCUGUACAAAGACGACGGGGAAAAUCUCCAACUUGGCGGCUACGUUACACAGUAUGAAUACCUCUCCUUCGUGACGAUCAAAGGCUCUGGCCACAUGGUGCCUACGGAUCAGCCCGAAGCAGCUCUGGUGAUGUUCCAAAUGUACUUAGAGAACAAAUGGUAG